CUCUCUUCUAAAACAUUUUUCAAUAGCCAUUAAUACAUAACUCUCAAACAAAAAAACAAACAAAUUUUUGCUUUGUUUUUUGUGCCCAUUUAUCUUCUUCAAACACAAAAUUGAACAACCCCAUUUCGUUCUUUCUGAUUUUUUUUGUUGCAAAAUUCAAUUUUUUUGGUUUUUUUCCCUACAUUUUCUGAGAAAAAAAAAGAAUCUUUUUAUUGUUGAAGCAUAAAUUUAGUGGUGAGUUUGAGCUAUUUGUCUGUCUUUUCUGACAUUCCAAUAGCAUUAAAAAAAUCUCACCUUUUUUCUGCAAAUUUUUAGAAGAAAAAAAAACACAUUUUCAAGAAUCCCCUGUUUCCACCACCCCACCAUUUUCUGAAGAAAAAAAAGAAUCUUUUUUGCUUUAGAGCAGAAUUUAGUGGUGGGUUUGAGCUAUUUUCUGUAUUUUUGACAUUUUCAAGAAUCCCCUGUUUUUUUUUUUUAAUAAUGGAGGGGUUAUCAAGAACAAAUCUUGUUUCUGAUACAUUUUAUGGAACAAGAGAUGAUAUAACAGAACAAUUUGGUAUAAUGUGGGGACAAAUCAAAGCUCCAUUGAUUGUUCCUCUUUUAAGGAUUUCAGUGUUUUUAUGUCUUGCUAUGUCUGUAAUGUUGUUUAUUGAAAGAGUUUACAUGUUUGUUGUCAUUACUUUAUUGAAAGUUUUUGGUACAAAACCUGAAAAAAGAUACAAAUGGGAGCCAUUAAAAGAUGAUGUUGAGCUUGGCAAUUCAUCUUAUCCUAUGGUUCUUGUUCAAAUUCCAAUGUAUAAUGAAAAAGAGGUUUAUCAGCUUUCAAUUGGAGCUGCAUGUGGACUUUCAUGGCCUUCUGAUCGUAUUAUAGUACAAGUUCUUGAUGAUUCAACAGACCCCAUUACUAAGAAUUUGGUGGACAUUGAAUGCCAAAGAUGGGCAAGCAAAGGGAUAAAUAUAAAAUAUGAAGUGAGGGACAAUAGGAGUGGAUACAAAGCAGGUGCUUUGAAAGAAGGAUUGAAGCAUUCUUAUGUGAAACAAUGUGAUUUUGUUGCUAUUUUUGAUGCUGAUUUUCAACCUGAACCUGAUUUUCUAUGGCAAACAAUUCCAUUUCUAGUUCACAAUCCUGAACUUUCCCUUGUUCAAGCUAGAUGGAAAUAUGUUAAUGCUGAUGAAUGUCUAAUGACAAGAAUGCAAGAAAUGUCAUUGGAUUAUCAUUUCUCUGUGGAGCAAGAAGUUGGCUCUUCUACACAUGCUUUUUUCGGAUUUAAUGGCACUGCUGGUGUUUGGAGAAUCGCCGCGAUAGAUGAGGCUGGAGGUUGGAAGGACAGGACAACGGUUGAGGAUAUGGACCUCGCUGUCCGUGCUAGUCUCAAGGGAUGGAAAUUCUUGUUCCUUGGUUCAGUCAAGGUAAAAAACGAAUUACCAAGUACAUUGAAGGCCUAUCGUUAUCAACAACAUCGUUGGUCCUGUGGCCCAGCCAAUCUCUUCAGGAAAAUGUGUAUGGAGAUCAUAAGAAACAAGAAAGUGUCUUUGUGGAAAAAGGUUCAUGUGAUUUACAGCUUCUUCUUCGUUAGAAAGGUUGUAGCUCAUAUUGUUACUUUCGUAUUCUAUGUUGUGGUAUUACCCGCCACUGUAUUAGUACCUGAAGUUGAGGUUCCGAAGUGGGGAGCUGUUUACAUUCCUGCCAUCAUUACACUACUCAAUGCUGUUGGAACUCCAAGGUCACUCCAUCUGCUGGUAUUUUGGAUCCUUUUCGAGAAUGUAAUGUCACUGCACCGUACUAAGGCCACCUUCAUCGGCUUGUUGGAGGCAGGACGAGUGAACGAAUGGAUUGUCACAGAGAAAUUAGGGGACGCUCUGAAGUUGAAAUCAGCUACCAAAGCGUUUAAAAAACAUCGAAUGAGGCUAGGUGACAGGAUUCAUUUGUUAGAGUUUGCUGCUGGUGCAUACCUCUUCUUCUGUGGAUGUUAUGACAUUGCAUUUGGUACUAACCACUAUUUCCUCUACCUCUUCAUUCAAUCAUUCGCCUUUCUCAUCGUUGGAUUUGGUUACGUUGGCACUUUCAUACCCAACUCUUAGUCAACAAGCAUGAAACUGAUUUUAUGGUAUGAAUCUUAAGCUUUUUCACCCAGUGCUCCCCCUCAGUAGCACCAAAAGAAGUGGCGUUGCGCGCCUUUCUUGUUUUGGGGUGUUUUUUUUUUUAUCAUUUGUAAAGAGAUGUGAGUAUAUUCUUUUUAGGUAAUUUCAAACAUGAAAGUGAUUCGAGCCCGGUUUGUUCUCUUUGUGUAUAUUCCCAGAAAGAGUUCUGUGCUUAAAUGCAGCAUCAUAUACAUAGAAGAAGAUAUGCAACAAAGAUUGAAUUUUUUCCCUUUCCUUUUA